AUGGUAACCCGCGGCGAGACUGCAUUUGAAAAAGUUGUUCUCUUUGAAAGGAACUCGGCUCUAGGCGGUGUCUGGUGUGGCGAAGCUCGAGGAGCUAACAACAAUGAUCAGCAGAUACCAGAGUCUCGAGACUUUGAAGAUUGGAACAAGCCAGAGAAAUUGUUUGUCAAGGCUUCAAUCAGCAGUGAACUCGAAAAAAAACUUAGUGGCUCUUCCUACGAAGAUCCUGUCAUUGUGAAAAAGCCCAAAAGCGGUCCUGAGGAUAAGUUUCAAUGGAGAUCUUCAGCCGCUUAUAAGGGACUUUUCACUAACGUUCCAAAUAAAUAUAUGACAUUUUCUUUUCAGGAGUUGAAUCAGUCAAAGUUGGACCAUUUGAAAAACAAAUAUAGAUGGAUUCCUGAUUUCCAAUCUGCUGAAGAAGUCACAGAAUAUUUACGACAAGUUGUUGAAGAUAACGAUUUGGCUAAAUAUGCCAGAACCAACUCCAACGUGGAGAGGGUUCGUAAACUUAACUCUGGUAAAUGGGAACUAAUUGUUAGAUCCACAAGAGAAGAAGAAGAUGGGACUGUAGUUGAUACUUGGUACCGUCAGGAGGCCGAUGCACUUGUUAUUGCCAACGGAAAAUCUGUUCCUAUAAUUCCCCAUUUCAAGAAUCUUCUCGAGUUUGCUCAUGUGAAUAAGGGAAAGGUCAUCAUUACGUUGGCCAAAUCACUUAAGGAUCCUUCAUUCUUAAAAAAAUCAAAAAAGAUUUUAAUUGUUGGUUCAUCCGUUUCUUGUGUAGAUAUAAUUCAAUAUGCUUUCCCUAGAGAUCUUUCCAAAAGGCCGAUUAUCAUCUCUAGAAGAGCAGAAAAUUGCGGACUCGAAUGGAUAGACUACUGUGCUUAUUCCAAAGGAAUUGUGAACAAACCCGAAAUUGAAGAAUUCCUUCCCGAAUCUCGGGGUGUACGGUUUAAGGAUGGAUCUGAAGAGACUGGGUUUGAUGCGGUAAUUAUCACUACUGGCUAUCAUUCGUUCUAUCCAUUUUUUGAAGACUCAUACGCUUCUAAACACCCUGAUCUCUUCUACUUCUAUCGCUAUACAUUUUCCAUAGACGAUUCUUCAUUAGCUUUGGUGGGAAAUACCUAUGCUCUUUUCUUUUUCAGCAGAGUGGAGGUUCAAGGUGCUGCUUUAGCUGGUGUCUGGUCUGGUGACAAGUCACUUCCACCGAUAGAUGACCAGAAGACGUGGUAUCAAAAUGAGUUUGAUCUUCCUAUGCUUCCUUUCAUUAUCAAAAAGAGGUUCAUCGAUCCGCUUGCAUUGCUCGCUUUGGAUAAUAGACCUCAUCCCUUUGAAUCCGAAUCCAAGGUCGACUUUGUCAAGGAUACCUGUUCUGGUUGGAGGGAACUCCAGACAUUGUUUUAUAAGAUUAAAGACGAGGCGGUUAAUGUGUCCGAUGUUAUUUAG